AUGACAGAUGAUGUUACAAGACAGUCUGUUUUUGUUAAAUUUGCUGUUAAACCAUAUAAAGAAGGAGAUGAUUACCAAUUCAAAAUUUACCCAAUGAUGAAAGAACUAAAUGAAGAUGAUUGGUCAACAUUCCAUCGCAAAACAAAUCAUUAUUGGCUACAUUACCUUUAUGACAAAUUAUUCAAAGACAGACGUUUUACACUGAAAGAACGAGAAGUUUUUGCAGACGUUUUUGGUCGUUUACUAUUAAAGACGGAAGAAGGAGGAUUUGAAACAACUGAAGAUUUUUUGAAUAAUGAAGAAGUUAGAGAAAUAUUUGAUAGUUACGUUUUUUGAAAAGGUUGAAGAAUUUUUUUUUGAAUUUUAUAAGGGAUUUUUUUUGAAUUUUAUUUAUUUUUAGACUUUUUUUUUUGAUUUUAUUGUGUGCAAAAAUUGGGUUUUAAUUUAUUCUUUUUUGUAUAAAAUUUUUUUUGAUUCUUUUAAUAAUUUUUUAAAAAUGUUUAUUCAUUUUUUAUACCUUUCUCAAUAAAAUUUAGAUGAUAUUUUCAUAGGUUGGGAUUUCUUUAUGCUCUUCUGGAAAAAGUCCGCAAGUUUUUGUCCGCAAAUCGUUAGCUGUUUAGUUUAUCAAAAAAGGAAUUAUUUUGGAGGAAAAGUUGGACGAGGUUAUUUUUUAUUGAAAGUAUGUUUUUUUAGAUAAUCCUUUUUUAUAAAAUAAAAGGUGGCAGAUUUGCGGAUAAAACUUGCGGAUUUUUUUGAAGGUUAGCCUGACAAUAGGGGCGGACAUAAGUAAUUUUAGUGUACGAACAGCUACACUAUACUGCUUCCGGAACCUACUAGAACUGGGUUUUUUAAAUACAUUGUCCUGUUUUCAAAAAUGGAAAAGGUUUAUUUUUUGUUGUUGCCGUUUGGCAAUUACCG